AUGGUGCGGAAUUUGGUCUUUUUUGACCCACCCCUUGGAGAGAUUCAUUUGCAUAAGUUGCUAUCUCUAGCUCGAAAGCGCCUCCAAUUCCUUCAACUCAUCACCGAGUCCAUGACAUUUGAUGAACUGAGUGAAAUCCUCAGCCAAACACAUGAAGACCUGGCUGAAGCAGUUUCCUGUGGUUCGAAAAAAGACCGAAUUUCUCAUUUUGCCCUGGCUUUGGCAGCUCAAGUGGAUCCUGAAUUUCAGGCUUUCCUCCUUAAAAAAGAGACUCUCUUUCUGAAACUGCGGUUGUCACAAAGUUCAGAAGCCGAUCAAGUCCAGGCUUUGACUAGAAUGGCCCACCAUUUAAAGUUGAGAACCCGUCUGAGACACGACCUGGAAUUAUUCCGACUGUUUACUGCCAUCGCUCCAAUCUGCGAUAAAGAGCUCUGGCAAGAUGUUCAGGUACCCUUUCAGUGGGUUUCCCAGUUAGUAUCGGAUCGAAGAGUGAGUCUUGUCAACGGUCUUGCUCAAAUUGAUAUCACCCUAUGUCCAGACCUACUGCUAUCAUUGUUUUCAAGCUUAAAGAAAAUGGACUGGAACGAUUCCCGUGCGACUGAUUCCAUGCCUCAAAAAGACGAUCUUGUGUCCGAUAUUUUACGUGCCUUUUACCAAGAGCAGACCCACACACCCUGCUAUGCAAUCAGAUCCAAACCCAUCACGCUAAGAACACUUCAAAAGAAUAUUUCAUUCUUUCCUCCAUGCUACAAAGAACUUUUCGAUCGCCUUGUACGAGAUAAACGACUUCCACAUUCUGCUCGGAUUAGCUUCACUUUGUUUCUCAAAGAAAUUGGGCUGUCUUUCGAAGAGUCAGUUCAGUUUUGGAGACGCUUUUAUUCUCAAGAGUCGAAACCAUCGUCGACUGUGAGUUGUUGUCAUUCAUGGCAGAAUCACGAAAAGAAACUGAUGUACAGCAUUCGCCAUCUCUAUGGAUUAGUUGGAGGUCGCAAGAACUAUUCGGCCCACUCAUGUGCUGCCAUAUGUCGUCAGAGUCUGAGCUCCCCGAGUGAAAUGUUGUUGUGUCCCUUCCUUGAAUCCGCACAAAAGGUCGAUGGCGAACAAUCUGGGAGUGUUUGGAUCGUCGAGGCCAACAGACAAUGUCAACAACACCUCGCUGCCAAAUUGAUAACCUCACUAGGGUUGGAGGAUAUUUCUUUCACUAAACCCUCAAAAUACUACGCUAUUGCCUCUCAAGAUUAAUAAGACCCUGAUAAGUAA